GCCAGUACCCUCGGUCCAAGCAGGGCCGGGAUCCCAGCAGUCGGUCAUGAUAAGGAGAGGCUUCCAGGUGGCAGCAAGACUUGGCCACCCCAGAGCACUUCUUGGGGGCCCCUGUAUCCUGCCUGGACUCCACCCUGCCUUAGCAUUUGGAUCCUCCACAGACUCCCUGGUCUCAAGAUUCUGCCCAGAGAAGACAGACUUGAAGGAUUAUGCUCUUCCCAAUGCCAGUUGGUGUCCAGACAUGUUGAGUCUGUACCAAGAAUUUCUGGAGAAGACCAAGUCCAGCGGCUGGAUCAAGCUACCCUCCUUCAAGUCCAACAGAGACCACAUCCAGGGACUCAAGCUCCCAUCUGGGUUGAUAGUCACCUCAGAUGAAAGUGACCAGCGCAUCUUCACCAGGUGCAUCCAGGUGGAAGGACAAGGCUAUGAGUAUGUCAUCUUUUUCCACCCAUCCAAGAAGAAGUCCAUCUGUCUUUUCCAACCAGGCCCCUACCUAGAGGGACCCCCAGGGUUUGCCCAUGGCGGGUCUCUGGCGGCCAUGAUGGAUGAGACCUUUUCUAAAACUGCCUACCUGGCUGGAGAGGGGCUGUUCACAGUAAGCCUCGACAUCAGGUUCAAAAACUUGAUCCCCGUGGGCUCCCUGGUUGUACUGGAUGUAAAAGUGGAAAAGACAGAGGACCAGAGGCUUUACAUGUCUUGCAUUGCCCAGAGCAGAGACCAGCAGACGGUCUAUGCCAAGUCCUCAGGUGUUUUUCUUCAGCUGCAGCUGGAAGAAGACUCGUCCCAGUAACAGUGUCUGUGCCUUCAGGAGAGCCUCCCACCCUCUGCCCUUCCUGCC